GGUUACACAGCCAAAGAAGUGUUUCCAAGGGGGCGCUCACAGGUGAAACUUCCCCGAAACACUAGACAGAGCUGCGCGCGUUGAGUGAUCGACCUGGCGGCGACAGGGGAUUGAGCUGCUUUCGUGAGUGACUGACCAAGUGAGGAAUCGUCUCCGUGAAGAAGGACGCACGCACAGACACGACUGCAACGAACCAUGGAUUUGCCGACCAAGCCCAUGAUGAAGGUCGAGUACGACAGCUUUGACAUCUUGGCCACACUCGGCACAGGCACGUUUGGCCGUGUCCGUCUCGUCAAGCACAAAGAGAACAACAACUAUUACGCGCUCAAGAUUUUGAAAAAGUGCGAGAUCAUUCGACUGCAGCAACUGCACCACAUCAAAUGCGAAGUCGAGAUUCUGAGCAAGAUCGACCAUCCGUUCAUAGUCAACUUCCUCGGGAGCUUCCAGGAUGAGAAGCGCCUGUACCUCGUGCUCGAGUACGUUCCAGGCGGCGAACUCUUUUCGUACUUGCGCAGGCAAGGAAAGCUCUCGGAUGAUGCGUCACGGUACUACACGUCCCAGCUCGUCCUCGCCAUCUCGUACCUCCACGGCCUGCACAUCAUCUACCGCGAUUUGAAACCCGAGAACUUGCUCAUCACGCACGACGGCAGCAUCAAGAUCACCGACUUUGGAUUUGCCAAACGAGUGGAAGACAAAACGUGGACGUUGUGUGGAACCCCCGAGUACUUGGCUCCCGAGAUCAUUCAGAGCAAGGGUCACGGCAAGUCGGUCGAUUGGUGGGCGAUCGGAGUCUUGAUCUACGAAAUGUUAGCAGGGUACCCGCCAUUCUACGACGAGAACCCGUUUGGAAUUUACCAAAAGAUCUUGACGGGCAAGGUCGAAUACCCGCGAUACAUAGACAGCAAAGCGAAGGACUUAAUAAAGAAGCUGCUCACGCACGAUCGUACGAAGCGGCUCGGGUGCCUGCGAAACGGGGCCGAGGACGUGAAGAAGCACAAGUACUUUUCCAACGUGGACUGGAAUGUCGUGAUUUCAAAAGGCGAGACACCGCCGUAUUUGCCGCCGAUCCAUGGCCCUGGUGACCACGGCAACUUUGACCAGUACCCGGAAUCGACAGAAGACACGGCCGUGGCUCUCACGGGCGACGACAAGGCAGCGUUCGAUGCGUUCAACUUGUUUUAGCCAAGUCGUCGUCGUCGUCGGUCCGUGUGCCCCACACCGCCACAUUGCGUUGAGCAAGUGUAUCAAUUAGCCCAAGUUAGGAGACUGACUAAUUCACCCCUUUGUUUCGUUUUCUUGAAAGA